AUGCGCGCUGAGAAGCAGAGAGAGCGGUCUGAAACAAUUGAAGCAACUGGGCUCCCAACACAAACUACCGCUAAAGAUAAGGAUACGCGAUUAACGGUUGAUCAAAUGUUGGCUAUUUACCCGGUUGAGCAGGUCAAAUCAGCGAUUUUCAACAUCGACCAUGAAACUGUCCGGGCGAACAGUGUUAAGCUGCGAGAGAAAUUUAUCAGGGAACAUACGAAUGUUGAUACCUGCAAAGAAGAGUUGAAAUGGUUGGACAGAUUCGUACCCCACCGAAGACCGCAUGUUCCUAAAGCAUUACCUAGUAUUGACCCAGAUGAGGCUGAAGAUCUUCAUCCCGACACUCUCUGGAGGAUCAUUUGCCUCAAAUUUGAACUCCGUGAUCAAGAAGAGCUUGAGUAUGGAGAGGAGACUAUGAAAAACGCGAAUGCAGUCUUAGAGUCUUACCGUAGCAAGAAGCUGGAGUUCGAUCGCAAUAGGGUCACCGUCUGGUUUGAUGGUGAGAUCAUUCAAAAUAUCACACGGGGGGAAUGGGCAGAAAAGGAAGCGGAUAUCAAUAAGGAGAUGAUCGAAAAGCGAAGGCAAAAUGGAGGAGGCUUACCAUGGGUAGAGAAUGCACCUGCAAAAAAUUUGAAGAGGAUAUCCACGAGGUUCCCAAAAAAUAUAAACGAGCACGCUCAUCUUGUGAGUUCUCCUCCAACUGCUAUCUAG